UAUGUAGUAGCUUCCUAUGAAGCGUGCUCUCUAUGGAUUCGAGUAUAUUUAUACUUGCUAUACUUUAUGUAUAUAGUUUCGUGAAUGAACAUUGUAUAUAAGUGACACGAUCUACUGCCUAAGUAUUUUUUUUACUAUUUUCUAUUUUACAAUGAAUAAACAUAGUACAAUAUUGUCAUAGAAAUUCUAAUAUAUCUAUUAGAAGAUGAAAGUCAUUGGUUCGAAAAUAUAUACGAUAGUGAUCGUAAGCAUUUAUUGUUUGGGCGUUGUCGGACAAUAUGAAUGGCAAGCCAGAGAUGCUUUUGACGAAAUUCGUUUAAAAAUGGACAAAAUCAACGAAGAGAAUUGUCCUAUACAACAUCUCGGAGAUCUUUAUUUACCGGAAGAUGCAGUCUCUCAUUUACCUGAUAUUAAAGACAUUAAUAUAAAUCCUGUGUUUCCAAACAGGACUGCUUUAUUACAUCUUCAUAACAUGGCACUUAGUAGAUCAUUUUUUUGGAGCUAUAUUUUACAAUCUAGAUUCAUACGACCUGCUAUCAAUGAUACAUAUGAUCCUGGCAUGAUGUAUUACUUCUUAUCAACAGUUGCUGAUGUGUCUGCAAAUCCUCAUAUAAAUGCGUCUGCUAUAUAUUUUUCACCAAAUAUGUCUUAUUCAUCAUCAUAUCGAGGCUUUUUCAACAAAACCAUGCCUAGAUUUGCUCCACGAACUUUUAGAGCUGAUGAUUUCAAUGAUCCAAUACACUUGGAAAGAAUAUCUACGAGAAAUACAUUUACUGUACGAGAUCUUGGUGCAUUUGCCAGUAGUAGUCUUAGUGAAGAUUAUACAACAGAUUAUUAUCGUAUAAAUGAAUGGUAUAAGAAAUGGUUACCGGAUAAUGUUGAUAAAAGACAUGAUACUAAGACUACUUAUCAGGUUGAAAUUAGAUAUGCUAAUAACACUAAUGAAACAUUUACAUUUCAUGGACCACCUGGCGCAGAUGAAUAUCCUGGACCAGUAAAAUGGACUAGACCAUAUUAUGAUUGUGGAAGAUCAAAUCGAUGGCUUGUAGCAGCAGUUGUACCUAUUGCAGAUAUUUAUCCAAGACAUACAGGAUUUAGGCACAUAGAAUAUCCAACUUAUACAGCCAUAUCAGUAAUUGAAAUGGAUUUUGAACGAAUAGACAUAAAUCAAUGUCCAAAAGGAAAAGGAAAUAGUGGUCCAAAUAAAUUUGCAAAUACUGCUAGAUGUAAAACAGAAACUACUGAGUGUGAACCAUUACAUGGUUGGGGUUUUCGAAGAGGAGGAUAUCAGUGUAGAUGUAGGCCAGGUUUCAGAUUACCAAAUGUAGUACGACGACCAUAUUUAGGUGAAAUUAUUGAAAGAGCAACUCAAGAACAAUAUUAUAAUGGAUUUGACUGUUCUCGGAUAGGAUGGAUUCAUAAAAUGCCUGUACAAUGGGAAAAAGCAAAGCCAGAACUUAGAGAAAAAUACCUUGAGCAGUAUUAUUAUUACAGAAAUUAUUCUAUUGGGCCUGAAACACUAAGAUCUGAACAAAUUAAUAUAGAUCAAACUCUUAAAUUUAUUUUGAGUAUCAAUUCAAAAAAUUGCAAAAGUUAUACAGAAGAAGAUUUAACGUUACUUGGAGAUGUGGCCUUUGGUGCCAAAGAAUUUUUUGAAAAUGAAGCAAAAAUGGCAACUAGAUUAUCAAAUUUUAUUAGUGCAUUUCUACAGAUUUCUGAUUCUCAUGAAGUUUAUUCGGGUAAAAGAGUGGCCGAUAGGCCACUUACUGAAGAUCAAAUGAUUGGGGAGACAUUAGCUUUAGUUCUUGGAGAUACUAAAAUAUAUUCUGCUGAAAUGCUAUGGGAUCGUAACAAAUUUACAAAUAGAACAUUUUUUGCUCCUUAUGCUUAUAAAACUGAAUUGAAUACAUUUAAAUUUAAAGUUGAAGAUUUAGCCAGACUCAGUGAUUCAGGUAAUGUUUAUACAAAAAAGAAUUAUUUUAAAUUGUUGAAACAAAGAUGGGCGACAAAUUUCGAUGAAUUAGAAAAAUUUUAUAUGAAAAUAAAGAUUAGAUACAAUGAAACUGGCGAAUAUCUUAAAAAAUACGAGCAUUAUCCGAAUUCUUAUAGGGCGGCAAACCUGAAUCAUGGACAUUGGACAACUCCAUACUUUGAUUGCAACGGCAAAGUGAAGAAAUGGGUAAUUACCUAUGCAUCCCCAUUUUUUGGCUGGGACAGCUUGAAAGAGAAACUGGAAUUCAAAGGUAUUGUGGCUGUUACCAUGGAUCUACUUCAACUUGAUAUCAACCAAUGCGACAAUAAUUUUCACACUCCAAAUGCGUUUAAGGGUACUCACAAAUGUGAUAAGAAAACUUCAUAUUGCGUGCCAAUUCUUGGAAGAGGUUUUGAAACAGGCGGAUACAAGUGCGAAUGUGACCAAGGUUUUGAAUAUCCAUUCGAAGAUUUAAUUACAUAUUAUGAUGGUCAAUUAGUAGAAGCUGAAUUUAAUAAUUUAGUUAAUGAUGAAAAAACUAGAUACGAUAUGUUCAAAUGUCGAUUAGCCGCUGCCACAUCGAUUCAAGUCAAUUGGACAUUAUUAUUGACGUCAAUAAUAUUAUAUCACUUUAUAGGAGCCGUUUCGUAGUGACAUCAUAAUUAUGCGAUAUUUAUAUAAUGCAAUACUAUUAUAUUAAUCGCCAAGAUAUUUUAAAAAUACAAUCCGUCCAUUACUACAUAUCAAUUAUCAUACUAAAUCUUUUUGAGAGUAUUUUAAUAUUUGCUUGUGUUAAUAUUAUUAAUUCACAGAACAUGAUAUUUACAAUGAAAUGAAUCUCAAAUAAAAUUCUCUAUAAAUAUUUCUAUUGGGAAAAAACUAAAAAUUUAUUUGAAAAUUAUUUUUAUAAAUUGUUUAAUUUCAAAUAGUAGUUUUGAUAUUACAUAUGAUACAUUCAUUGAUAUUGAUAUUAAUAUUUAUAAUAUGUAUUACAACGUAUACAUAUUGGUAUUUUUAAAAUUGUAACUUAUGAAAAACUGCUGUUAUAAUUUAAUGUCAAUUUUAAUUAUUUUGUAUUUUUAUACAUGCAUAAAUAUACAAUUUAUUUUA